AACUGAAGCUCCACACACACCGGCUCUGGAGCUUCAGUGCGGGCAUGCGCGCUGGCACUGCGCCGUCUCGAGCAGCACCGUCUCCGCACACUGAUGGACUCCGCGCUCGGGUUUUAAACAGGAGAUUCUCCGGUCCUGCUGGAUGAUGGAGGGGGAAGGCGCGGAGAGCGAGCCGCUGAUCCGGAGCUCGAGCGCCGCUGACCGGCCUGACCCCGCCGCAGGAGCUGCUGCCCGGUUCACGGAGUACCGGAGGAGAUGGUUCAUCCUGUCGGUGCUCUGCCUGCUCAACUGCUCCAACGCCAUGGCCUGGUUGACCUUUGCCCCCGUGGCGGGUCAGAGUGCGCAGCUGCUGUGUGUGUCUCUGCCGCUGGUGAACUGGCUCUCGCUGGUGUUCGUGCUGGUGGCCGUCGUCUGCAGCUUCAGCAGCAUGUGGGUUCUGGACACGCUGGGCCUGCGCUGCUCGCUGAUCGGCAGCUCCUGGCUGAACGCAUGUGGGUGUGUGUUGCGUGUGUGUGGCGUGUUGAGCGUGACGCCGCAGUGGGCCGUGUUCGCUGUGGUCAUGUGUGGUCAGACUCUGUGUGCUUUAGCGCAGCCGCUAGUCAUCUUCGCACCCACUAAACUAGCGGCUCUGUGGUUCCCGGAUCACCAGCGGGCCACGGCUAACAUGCUAGCAUCCAUGGCCAACACCGUGGGUCUGCUGCUGGCCAAUCUGCUCUCUCCGCUGAUCGUGGGCUACAGCGGGGACCUGUUCCUACUGCUCCUCAUAUACUCCAUACCCGCUGCAUUGGCCUGUCUGUUGGCCACUCUGGGCAUCCGUCAGGCGGUUCCUCCAACUCCUGCAUCCGCCAGCAGCUCCAGUUCUGCUUCUGAACCCUUCCUACAGGGCAUCAGACAGCUGCUGGGGAACAGAGCCUACCUGAUCCUGCUGGCGUGCUUCGGCUCCGGGAUCGGUGUAUUCACCUGCUUCUCCACCCUGCUGGAGCAGAUCCUGUGUGUGAAGGGUUACUCUAAUGGUUUUGCAGGAGUGUGUGGUGCCGUCUCCAUCGUGUGUGGUGUAGCAGGAGCGUUCCUCCUCAGCCUGUAUGUGGACAGAAGCAAGAAGUUCACGGAGGUGAUGAAGAUCUGCAUGUGUCUGACCUCCGUGAGCUGCUCUGUGUUCGCUGUGGUCAGUCAGCUGCCGCAGCAGAGUGUCCUGCUAGUGCUGGUCUGCUGCUGCUUCGGGCUCUUCGGGUACUCUGUGUAUCCUGUGGGGAUGGAGCUCAGCGUGGAGACCACACACCCGCUGGGGGAGGCCACAUCUGCAGGACUCAUAUUCACCUCAGGGCAGAUCCAGGCUGCGCUGUACCUGCUGCUGCUGCAGGCUCUGGCCACACCCACACACUCUCCAACAUCUGUUUGUGCAGCUGACACCAGCAUGAACUGGACAGUGCCGGUGCUGGUGAUGGCAGGUGUGUGUGCUGUCAGCUCCUGCGGUUUCGUGGUGCUUUUCCACACUGAGUAUCGGAGACUCCGAGCUGAAGCCGACAGCGCCACAGAACCGGAGCCCACAGGAGACGCCGCUGAUGCAUGAUGGGAAAACACACUCGUUUUCACCCUAAACACACACACACACACACACACACACUUCACCUCACUAACACUGACAACACACGUGCCUUCAAGAUGGUUUGGUUUAAACUCAGGGCCUCAUUUAAUAACACACACACACCUUAAAGAGUGUGUGCACAACGGCUCAGUGACGAGCUGUUUCCUCUUCAACAGAUAUCCUGCAGAACGCCGGCAGACACACACACACACACACACACACACUCACACUCACACUCACUCAUUUAUUAUUGGAGAAAGUGACCGCACUAUCCCACCAUCCUCAUCUGACCACUCAGGCUGCAUCUACACUGCAGAUCUUGAUGGUCAUUUCUGAUUUGUGACUGCAUCAGGUUUUAAUAGGGACUCGUAUCCAAUCGUAUGCAUUUACACAGCACACGGCAAAGGCACAAUGAGCAGGAAUAUAAGAGCGGGCGCUGACCAGCAGCUGAUAAUUAAACAGCGCUCUUUUCUCUAUUCCUGUAUUUAAACUGUUCACAGGAUUAGAUUUUUUACAAUUCUUUGUUUUACUAUAGACAGAAGAGUUCUCAGUUGGCCAGCUUCUCUUAUUACAGGCUUUUUUAAGUGUGUGUGUGUGUGUGUGUGUGUGUGUGUGUGUGUGUGUGUUAGGGCAUUUAAAUCCCCAAGUGCCAAAAGCAGCAUUCUUCAAAAUAUCUUCAACAGAGGAAACUCAAUGUUCAGUAGAGAGUAAAGGAAGAGGAGAUCCUCGUGUGUAUCUGAGCUGACAGGGUGUUCAGAGGUUUACACUCUUCCAGAUCUGAACAUUCAGAAGGCUCAGAGUUUCAGCACUUUCU